GCAUAAGACAACGAUCCAAUCGAAAUUAGUAUCGAACACCCUCUCCGAACCCAAUAUUAAUCCGCAGACCCAGCCGGACUCCCGACGGCGAGAGCGAGGACCAGGUGAACCGGCCAGCCAGACAACCCCGGCGCAUCGCCUCGUGGUCUUCCUCUUCUCCCCCCGCACCCCGAAUCCCCUUGCCUCGCCGUCCCUGAAACCCUAAUCCCUCGAAGCCGCAACACAACCUCUCCCUCGCUUCCGCCCCGCGCCCCCGCCCCGAUCCAGGGUGGAGCGUUGGGCAAUGGAUUUCGAGCGACAAGUUUGAGCUCUCGGAUCGGUUUCAGGAGGUUUUAGAUGGGUUCGGACCGGCAACAUGGUGGCUCGGGGGACGUGGUGGCGCCGAAACGGCGGAAGAGACAGAGACAGCUGCUGCUGGAGUCCAGCGACUCUGAAGCGGAUGAAUCUUGCCUCUUGACGCGGCACAAGUCUGACGAGCCUAAUGCCGCCUUAGGCAACGGUGAUCAAUCAGUGGAGAAAGUGGUGCCUCCUAGUUCUGAGCUUCCUGGGGCUAAAACUACUCAAAGAGAUGGUUUAGAGAAGAACAAGGGAGAUGAACUUAACAGUGCCAGCAGUCGAAAUGGUGAUGACCUGUCAGAGGAGAAAGUGGUGCCUCUUAGUGCUGACAAGCUCCACAGGGUCAAGUCCACUCAAGGAGACUAUCCAGAGAAGAAUAAGGGAGAUAAGAACAGCAGGAGUAGCUCACAGCCUGACUCCAAGAGGAGCAAAAUCGAGGAUGCCAAAGUUGGUGCUGUUGGAAACGGUGGAAGUGCUUCAAAGGAUGUAACUGUAGGGAAAAUGCUGCGUCCAGGGUUCCCAAAAUGGCGGUUCGAGAAGCCCGAGGUAAGGGCUGGACGAGUUGAUGAGAAAGGUGGGGUGGAGAUGAAGGCAACCAUUGGCUCAAAGGUCAAGGAGCAGGUAUCGAGCUUGGAUGACAAGAGGAGACAUGUAGAGCUACUGAAACGUAAGAAACACAAGCCGUUGAAGACUGACAUGAGCAACUCGGUUGACUCUGACCGACAGGAAUGUGGGGAGGAGACGAAGGCAAAGUUCAAGGAGCAGGACUCAAGUUUGGAUGUCAAGAGGAGGCCAGUAGGAUCACUGAAACAUGAGAAACACAUACUGCUGAAGACUGACAAGGCUAGCUUGGCUGGGUCUGUCCAAGGGGAAGUUAUAAGGGUUCAAGGGAAAAGUGGCCUUUUGAAGAUCCUGCCAAAGAACGAUAAGGUGCUCAGGGAAACCAGCGAUGGCAAGAUUCUGCCGAAGAAGUUGAAUGUUGAUGGGGAUACCAGUGAUGGCAAUACUCUGCCAAAGAAUGUUAAGGUGGAGGCUGGGGAUGGCAAGAUUCCGACGAAGAGUGGUGUUUUAAAGCUUCUUCCGAAGAACAAUACGAUGGUCAGAGAAAACACUGAUGAAAACCUUAUUCCCAAGAACAUUAAGUUGGAGGGGGAGACCAGUGAUGGCAAGAUUUUGAUGAAGACCAGUAAGAUGGAUACAGGAAGUGGCGAUGACAAGGUCGCGACUAAGAACUGUAUGGUGGAUUUAAAAGCUGUUGCUGGCAAGAUUCUGUCGAGGAACAGUAGGGUGGAUGAAGAGACCAUUACUGGCUAUGAACAGGAUAAGGAUAAAAGCAGUGCUCUCAUCGAGUCCCAAAAGCGGGAUUUAAAUGGUGGGAAGAAAGUUACUGGAAAGCUGGUCUCCUCUGUCAUAUUGAGGAGAAGCGAUCCAAGCGUAGUGGGAGUUUCUUCAGGCCAUACUGUGAAACAGAAAAGUUCAAAGGUGCAGCCGAAGAUCUCCUCACAAGGCAAUCAUCAGCCCUCACCAAGCCUGAAAGAUGAGAAAAGUGAACUUGGUGAACACAAAAAUGAGAAGAAGAGAUUGCUUCAGCAUAAAGGUUCACCAGAGAAUUUAUCCAAGAAAGUAAAACUGGAAGUCACUGAUCUGCAAGGCACAUCUGAUUCUGCUCCCAAGAAGCAUGUCAUGAUGAAGAAACCAAGGGGAGGACCUCGUAGUGCACUUAAGCAGAAACUCCGGGAUCAGAUUAAAGGUAUACUAUUACAUAACGGAUGGACAAUUGAUCUAAGGCCUCGGAAAGAUAAAGAUUAUGAAGAUUCUGUGUAUGUUUCUCCACAAGGUAGUAGCUAUUGGUCAAUCACAAAGGCUUAUGCAGUGUUCCAAGAGCAAGUGAAAAGUUCACAGGAUGAGAACCCUACAGGUGGACCAGGUGUUGCAGAUGCUUCCUUUGAUGCCAUAUCAAAAGAGGACCUAGCAAUGCUACAAAGAAUUGUGCGGAAAAGAAAGGGCAAAAAAGAACAUUCUGCUGAGAAGGGAGGGGACAACAGAAGCAGGAACUCAAAAGGUGCCUCUGCUGGUAGAAGUUCUAGAAACAAGUAUCAGAAAAACAAAGAGAAGGUAAAAGCCAAGCAUCUGGGAUGUGCACUUCUUGUCCAUGGUGGUGCUCGUAAUAUGGAAGGCAUGGGUAACUAUGUUCCAUAUAAAUGGAAGAGGACGGUUUUAUCGUGGAUGAUAGAUCUGGGGGUUGUUUCACAAGAUGCGAAGGUCAAAUACAUGAACAAAAAAGGAACACAGGCAAUAUUAGAUGGUAGAAUUACCAGGAAUGGUAUUUACUGCGGAUGCUGUUCCAAGAUUCUCACAGCUGCUAAGUUUGAACUUCAUGCUGGUUCAAAAGAGCAUCAGCCUUAUGCAAAUAUCUUCCUAGAAGAUGGCGGGGUUCCAUUGUUGCAAUGCUUACUUGAUGCAUGGGAUAAGCAAUCACAACAUGAAAAGAAGGGAUUUUACAAGAUAGAUCCUGCUGAUGAUCCUGAUGAUGAUACUUGCGGUAUUUGUGGUGAUGGCGGUGACUUGCUCUGCUGCGAUCGCUGUACUUCAACUUUUCAUGUGGCUUGCUUAGGAAUCGAGAUGCCUUCUGGAGAUUGGUAUUGUCGUAGCUGUAUAUGCAAAUUCUGCAGCUCUGCUGAAGAAAUGACACCGUCUUCCACUGAGUUGCUUUCUUGCUUGCAAUGUUCAAGAAAAUAUCACCAGGUUUGUACACCUGGAACUGAGAGGGACUCCGUUUCUACCCCACCCGGUGCCUCCAUUGAUCACUUCUGCAGCCCAGGAUGUAGAAAGAUUUAUAAACGACUAAAAAAGCUUCUUGGGUUCAAGAAUAAUAUGGAAGCCGGAUUUUCCUGGAGUCUGGUUCGCUGUUUUGCUGAAAGUGAGGCUGCACCCAUGAAAAGGAAAGCAGAAUUGGUAUAUUGCAACUCAAAGACAGCUGUUGCUUUCUCAGUUAUGAAUGAGUGCUUUUUGCCACGUAUUGAUGAGAGAAGUGGGAUUAAUAUAAUUCACAAUGUCGUAUACAAUUGUGGGUCGGAUUUCAAUCGUUUAAAUUUUAGUGACUUCUAUACAUUUAUUCUGGAGCAUGGAGAAGAAGUUAUAUCUGCGGCAACUGUCAGGAUUCAUGGAACUGAGUUAGCAGAAAUGCCAUUCAUAGGCACAAGGGGCAUGUAUCGGGGCCAAGGGAUGUGCCAUCGACUGCUCAAUGCAAUUGAAUCGGCCCUUUGCUCUCUCAAUGUUCGAAGACUAGUAAUACCUGCCAUACCCGAAAUGCAGAAGACCUGGACUACAGUUUUUGGUUUUAAGCCUGUUGGCCCUAUGAAGAAGCAAAAAAUGAAGUCUUUUAAUCUCUUGAUUAUCCAUGGCACUGGUCUUCUGGAGAAGCGCUUGUUGCUAACAGCUCAAGUGAAUCGACAAACUACUUCUGUGACAGUUAAUGCCGUUGAAUGUGACAAGACAGCUUCCCAAACGUUUGGGGAAGCAAGUGGAUCCCUUACACCUGUUUAUGUUUCUCAAGAAUUUGCUGUGGGUGGUCAUCCUGAAACUAAGGAUCAUGACACUUGUGCUUUGAUUGAGGGCUCUUCAGGCUUGGCAUCUAACCUUCCUCCUGUUUCUGAAGAAAAAACUGAAGAAACUAUUUCUCCAGUUUCCAUAGCUGAUGUUAAUUUGCAUAUAAGUGAAGAUGACAUGCCUUGCAAGGCUUUAGCUGACAUUACGGAAAAAGUGAAAUAUGCAGAAACAUAUUUGACAUUCGUUGCUGAUAAGAUUGUUGUAGAAGAGAAGCCUGAAGAUAAAUCUAGCUCCAGUUCUGCAGAUUCAAAGGCUAUUCCAAUGACAGUGGAUCCAUGCCCAUGUUCAUCUGAUGAGCUUGGGAAAUAUGAAAAUUGCCCACCUAGUGUACAUUCUGUUGAUGCUGUUCUCGUAAAAGACAGACCUGAAUCUAAUUUCAGCACCAGUUCCAUCUCUGGCCGCUUUGAUACUCAAGAGGAUAAGAAGUCUUGUGUAGUUCCUGCUAAUACUGAAGUUCCUUUAGUCACUAUGGGUCGAAAGCCUGAUAACCACGAGUUCGAAACUAUUGUCGCUGAUGGUGGUGAUAUGCAAAGCUCACUAGAAGUUAAAUAUUUGGAAGUUCUAGUAGAUGAAAGAUCAACAGAUGCCUAUGCAGCUAAAAAUAAAGCAUUUGUUGGUGGUGUAACUAGUUAUGCUGCUGCUGUUACUAAAGACAAUGGUCAUUCUGCAGUUGAUCUUGUAGUAUCAGCAGAGAGAUCACUGGAUGAAACAAAUUCUGUUGAGAGUGAUAAGAGUGAAGUUAAGGUUGCAACAGUUGAAGUGGGUGCUAUAGUCGAGAGCUCUAAUGGGGCAGGCAUUCCAGUUUCGGCGCUUGAAAAAUCAGAUGACAUCAAUGGUGAAGUUACCGCAAAGCCUACUCUAACUUGUGGGGAUGGUCAACUUCAUUGAGAGGAUGGAGUAUGCAAUAGUAGCAUGAAAGAUGGCCUAGCUUCUAGAGACCCUGUUAAUGCAUGAGCUCUACAUUUGGUGCUACAAUAUGCUGAAGUGUUAUGAAAUCGAGGCACAAUGAGUCAAUGCAUGCAGGAGCAGCGGCUCCAUGAGCCCCAAUGCUUGAAGCCUAAACAACGCCUCUUAACUCUUCCUUGGUGGGAUCAGGGAGCAUACAAGGAGAUGCCACAUUUCUGGAAGUUUUGGAUUCGAUGAGUUCGAUGAGUUGUUUUGUUGGGAUAGUCAAUCAAGUUGCUGGCUCAAAGGAAUACUUUGCUACCGAAACUGCUCCACACACGACAGUGUGUGGACGAUAAGUGCAUGACCAAAGGAUCCAGCGGCCACUGCUCAGCUGUGCUUGAGAUUCGUCGGCUCGAUUUAAUCGUCGUUCAUGAGUCGUCCAAACUUUGUCGUCCCCAUAGCAUUGCUCUACUUUGCUACUGUCGUUUCUUCAAAGAACUGUUGGGAGAUACUCGGGCUGGGAUGAAUGGACAUUUUUGGUAAGAUAAUGUUUUCAUCGCAUGUAUGCAAAUUUUACUGUGGAUGGAUGACUAUGUUCCUUGAAAGUGGAUGACCAUGUUCUUUUUUA